AUGAAGACCUUCCUAGCCUUUCUUAUGGUUGUCUCAACCAUACUGCUUGCAGUGGCCAAACCGGCCACUAAAUUGAUCAUCCACCGUGAUGAUUCACUUCUCUCCAACCUUAGUGCCGCAGAUAUAGAGCACUCAAUGGCUAGAUUUGCAUAUUUAUAUGCAAAACUAGCUGGAGUGGUUGGGGAAGUCGUUCCCCAAAACACAUUAUUUUUCGUAAACGUUUCGAUAGGUGAGCCACUUGUUCCACAACUGCUGGCACUGGACACGAGCACGGGCUUAUUAUGGGUUCAAUGUGUCCCGUGCAUCAAUUGUGCAACCCAUUCGAGUCCCACAUUCAACCCUUCCAUGUCAGCCACAUACACGAGCCUUCCAUGCAAGUCGUUGUACUGCCGUCAGCUUCCAAUCAUCAAUGGAUGCGACUUCGAAGAGCAUUGCAGGUAUGCCAUUCCAGGAGAUGACAACACGAUGACGGAAGGACACCUCGCAACUGAAAAGUUCACAUUCAUCACUUCGGAUGAAGGCAUAAGUGAUGUCUCCAAUGUUGUGUUUGGUUGUGGACACCAAAACAGGGCGGACUUGGGCAAAAGGAAUGGGGUUCUGGGACUUGGACCUGACCAUGAAUCUAAUAUAUCUCUGCCUUACCAAUUGGGUUCUAAAACAUUUUCUUAUUGCAUCGGCGAUAUCAAUGAUCCUCACUAUGAUUACAACCGAUUAAUUAUUGGGGACCGGGCGAAAAUUGAAGGCGAUUCGACUCCCAUGGAAAUCCACAAAGGGCUAUAUCAUCUCUCCUUAGAAGGUAUAAGUGUGGGCGAAAAACGACUCAACAUCAGACCAGGGAUAUUUGAACGAGAUUCAAUGGGCAAUGGUGGUGUGGUCAUUGACUCCAGCUCCACCGUGACCUAUUUAGUAAGGGGUGGGUUUGAACCCCUCAGUGCUGAGGUACAAAGUCUAAUGGAUGGACUAUUGAACAGGGUGAGCAAUCCUAAAAGAGAUGACCAUCUUUGCUACAAUGGAGACAUCACCCGCGACCUCACCGGAUUUCCGGUGGUGACGUUCCAUUUUGCCCGAGGGGCAGAAAUGGCGUUGGACGUCAACAGCCUUUUUCGACAACAUUCCCCAAAUGUAUUCUGCAUGGAAGUGCUGGUCUCUCAUCAGAUGAGCCUACUAGGAAUUAUGGCUCAACAGUCCUAUAAUGUUGGCUAUGACCUAAAUGGUAUGAAUAUAUACUUCCAAAGGAUAGAUUGUGAGCUUGUGGACGAAUGA